AUGGCAACAGAACAAGACCGUCGUCCCGCUUGGGUUCCUACUCACGACAACAUUUACUACCGACCUCGUCUCAUAAAGAAAAAGUCCGUUUCUGGACGAUUUCCUGCUCCAUUGAUCGGUCCUCGAAGAUCUCGUCCGCAAGCGAUCCACAUCGUUAGCUACCCGUCUGGUUACGUUCCUAAAGAGCUGCGGCCAGAAAACCAAAACAGAAGCAGACCUCACAGCCCUACGCUCGUUGACGACCCUCGACCUGCGCCUUCACUGCAGCCUCAUCCCUCGACAACUGACAACAACAACAAAAGGCAGACCAAAUCUCGCCUAGCAACUCGCCGCAGGGACAAGUUCCUGAGCUCUUUUACUUUGUCCAACACUGAACCUGAAUCUAUUUCGGGUCCUACAGCUGCCGAAGCGCUAUCUAAUACUGACCGCUCAACUGGGCAAGGCGCGACUGCCAACACCAAUACGACCCAGGCAAUUGGCCAGUCUUGCUCGCCAGAAUCGGACUUGGCCUGCGAAGCGCCUUCCGCGGUUGGCUCGAGAUUUAGAUUUACUGGGGCAGGUCCAUCCGCAUCCCCGCCAGCUUAUGACGACAUAAUUUCACGCCCUGUCUCCGGUUCUAGUACUACUGCGCCUGAUACUACAUUAGGCUUUGUCGCUACACCCGCUUCAACGCCUUUGAUCAGUUCCAAUCCUGCCGAUUGCAACUCCAACUGUAAUAGCAAUUCCCCUCAAUCAGCCGCGAAUAUGGCGACUGCACGAACUUCGCAUCCUUCCCUCCCUCUCUCCAAUUCAAACCGAAACAGCUUCAUGUCUGCCCGUUCAUCAAAAUCUGCCGUUACUUCAGUCUCAGAGGUCCCUAAGCCCGUCGCUUCCGGCAGUGGCGUGUCUUGCUCAAUUUUAUUAGCUGAACCAAACAUUUUCCUCUCAGGUUUCGACCAUGAUGGUCAUGGCCACCGUGAAGGCCAGAGUGGUACUGCUUUGUUGCGUGGCAAGCUUCAAUUGCGCGUUACAAAAAAUGUAAAGAUUAAGGCUGUUCAACUUAAACUCCUUGGUCGCGCCCGUACAGAGUGGCCCGAAGGCAUUCCUCCUCUCAAGCAAGAAGUGUUCGAGGAGGAGAGUCUGCGCACUCAAGUACUGACUUUCUUCAAUGCCAUGAACGAUGGCUGGGAAUCUGACUAUGGCAACCAAUGCACUUAUCGUCUCAAGAGUGGCUCUCCCAAUGGUAGCUCUACAAAUCUUGUUCGACCUAAUGCAUCGUCCUCUUUGACCCCGCAACAAAACAACCUUUCUGCCAAAGAUAUGAAGCGUUUAUCUCUCCAGAGUGUCCAGUCGCGAAGUUUCCAGAAGGGCGACAGCCCGAUCGCCUCGGCUACACAAGCCAAGGGUUACAAAGUCUUUUACCCCGGUACAUAUGAUUACACUUUUGAACUACCCAUCGAUCAUCACCAGCUGGAAACAACCAAGCUACAGUACGGAUCUGUCAAGUGGGAAUUGCAGGCGACCGUUGACCGAGCUGGUGCAUUCAAGCCUAAUCUGCACGGUACCAAGGAGGUGUCUAUCGUUCGCGUGCCUGACCAACUGUCCCUGGAAAUGACAGAGCCAAUCUCAAUCAGCCGUCAGUGGGAAGACCAAUUACAUUAUGACAUUGUCAUCUCGGGCAAGAGUUUCCCCAUUGGUAGCAAGAUUCCCAUCGCCUUCAAGCUUACACCACUGGCCAAGGUUCAGGUGCACAAGCUCAAGGUUUAUGUAACAGAAUCCAUCGAGUACUGGACAAACGAUAAGCGUGUGACCCGCAAGGAUCCGGGCCGCAAAAUCUUGCUGCUCGAAAAGUCUGCUGGCAAGCCCCUUGAUUCUUCCUACUCUUUAUCCGAUAUCCGAACACUCCGCGGCGGAGAGCUCGACCCUGAACAGCGACGACAGGCCCGUGAGGCAGCUGCCAGAAGACGGACACAGGAAGCUGCCAGACGACAAACUACCGCUGAGCCACUGCCCGAACCAUCUGCCAACCUUCUUGGUGACCUGGACUUGGGGCUUGAGACCAUCUGGGGCUCAACGGAAAUUGAAGCCAAUGUGCAGAUCCCGACCUGCGAGAUGAUGGCCAAGAACAAGGAGCUGCGACUCAACCCCGACUGCAGCUGGAAGAACGUCAAUGUGUUCCACUGGAUCAAGGUCGUUAUGCGAAUUAGCCGAAUUGAUCCUGAUGACCCCAGUGGUACAAAGCGCCGGCAUUUCGAGAUCAGCAUCGAUUCACCUUUCACAGUGCUUAACUGUCGUGCCACACACGCCAACACUAACCUUCCUGCUUAUUCAGGCGCAAACUGCAAUGGAGCCACGUUCCAGUCCUCUUGCGGGUGCCCUGAUGCUUUCACCGUUCCUACCGAUGCUUCUCCCAGCUCUUCCGAGGGUACACUGCCAGGUGUUAACCCCAACAGCACUGACAAUCUCCCUGUGCCACCCCAGGCUGCCCAUUUGGCCAACGCUGUCAGCGGGCAACAGGAACCUCGACCAAUCCAUCUCCUCCGAGUUCCUAGCUUCAACCCCCCUGCGUUCGAAGACGAUAUCGCUCCACCUCCUGCUGCCGAGCUCGUUCAUGACGCACCCGAGCCUGUGAUGACACCUCCACCGCAGUAUGAUGUCGUGGUCGGAACUCCUAGUGUAGACGGUAUGGCCGACUACUUUGCACGACUGGCCGACGCUGGAUAUGAGGGCCAAGAUGACUCAGAAUCGGACCCAGAUGAUUCACCCCCAAGGAUUCUGGACAGAACUGGACGUGUCAACGUCGCUAACCCUCGAACUCCUGGUGGCCGGAGAAUGCCGAGUCGAAGCUUGGAAAUCUCCAGACCCAGCAUUCAACUGAACAUGAAUGCACUCCAUAACCGAGCUGGGCGUGCAGUGUGA